UCAGUAUAUUCAUGUAUGACGCCGGGAUGACGUAUCGAACAUUCAUACCGUUGUCAAGAGGGAAGAUUGUCACUGCUCAGAACAUUACGAUUAGACCCUUACCGAGUCCUGUUUACUAUAUAGUGUUCGAUCCGCAGUUCAGUUCGGCUUACGAGAUUGUGUUUUUCGUACAGUUUUUCACAGGCCUUUUCAAAUACACAAUCACAGUGGCAGCUUGCGGCAUUGCAGCACUCUUUUCGAUGCACAUCGUCGCACAAUUGGACAUCUUGAUGAUAUUAAUGAACAACUUGACGAACGAACACGAACUUGGGGAUGUGAACAGAAAAUUAUCAGUGAUUGUGGAGCAUCAAAUAAGAACGCGAAAGUAAUAUUUGUUGUUUUUGCAUGCAUCA